AUGCUGGAACGAACAACAGACUUUCAGGGUCAGAACUUUUCCAAGCUGAGGCGAGCCUGCCUGCGUCGAGGCGUGCUCUUCAAGGAUCCUCUGUUCCCCGCUACCGACCAAUCCCUUUUUUACAAGAGGUGCCCCCCACCGGGACUGACCUGGAAGAGGCCAAGGGAGAUAUGUAAGGACCCUCGUCUGUUUGUGGAUGGUAUCAGCACUCGUGACUUGCACCAAGGCAGUUUGGGUAACUGCUGGAUGGUGGCAGCCAUUUCCUGCCUGGCAUCUGAGCCAUCACUGUGGAAAAAGGUCAUCCCAGACCAUGUGGGUCAAGAAUGGAACCCAAAACGUCUUGACUUGUACGCAGGGAUUUUCCAUUUUCGUUUCUGGCGCUUCGGCCGCUGGACGGACGUUGUGGUGGAUGACCGUCUGCCGGUCAGUGAAGAUGGAGUGCUGCUCUUCUGCCGCUCAGCAACACCAAGAGAGUUUUGGAGCGCCUUGCUAGAGAAGGCAUAUGCCAAGCUGAAUGGCUGCUAUGAGGCUCUAGAGGGAGGGAACACUGCCGAGGCCCUCAUCGACUUCACCGGGGGGGUUUCAGAGCCGCUCAGUCUGGACUGCCAGGCCCUCAGCCUGCACAGCGACCAGAGGAAGACGCUUUUCCAAACCUUGUCUGAAGUUCAUGAGCACAAAUCCCUCAUCACCUGCUCUAUACGUCCAGCUGAGGGGGAAACUGUGGAGUCGGCGUUGGUCUGCGGGCUUGUGAGGGGACACGCCUACGGGAUCACAGCGGUGAGGAAGGUGAGGCUGGUGGAGAGGCUGCUGAGGGCCGGCAGGACAUCCCGACUCUUCCUGGUGCGCAUGAGGAACCCGUGGGGCACCACAGACUGGAGGGGUGCCUGGAGUCAGGGGUCAGAGCAGUGGCAGCAACUGAGUCGAGCAGAGAGGGAGAAGAUGGGGCUCGUUGUUCGUGACGUUGGCGAGUUCUGGAUGGAUUUCCAGGACUUCUGCCGCUACUUCACUGAUGUGGUGGUGUGCCGGCUGGCUGAGAGGACCCUGCUGUGGCCGAGCUCUCACUGGAGGGAGGUGAAGCGCUACGGGGAGUGGGUCCUGGCUCCCACUCCGCCUGUUGCACCUCCGUCCACAGCGCUCCACAGUAACACCGCAAACAACGCCAGGCCCGAAAGGACCGAGCAGAGGUGGAACCGAAGGGAGACCCCUCAGGGGGGAGGGAAAAUAAAGAAUUGUGAGAAAAGGAGAAGCGCAGAUUUUGAAAUAAAUGGCUCUCAGGAGGUGCUGAUGGACCGGAGGAGUCGAUGUGGAGGAUGUAUCAACCACAGAGACACCUUUUUGCAGAACCCACAGUUUAUGUUUGAGGUGCGAGGCAAAGAGGAGGAGGUGCUAAUCUGCCUGCAGCAGGAGGACAGGAGGAUCUGGAAGAAAAACGGCGGAGGAGAGAACCUACCAAUAGGCUUUGAGGUGUUGAAGGUGGAGGUGAACCGCUGCAGCCGGGUGCAGUGUGUGGUGGAGCAGGCGGCCAGCUCCAUCUACAUGGACUCCCGCAGCGUGACGCUGAGGGCCACUCUGCCCCCGGGUCCAUACGUCGUGGUGCCCACCACCUUCCUGCCGGGCGCCACCGGGCGAUUCCUGCUGCGCCUCUUCUCCCACUCUCGAGUCAAACUCAGGGAGCUAAAGGAGGAGCUGCCGUCUCCCUCUGUGCUGCAGUGUUUCCUACCUCAGCCCACAGUGGUGACCACGGUUCACCUCCGCAGGGCGUCGGGACUGCGCCCCCCCAAACAGACAGCUCCAGAUGUUUACGCUGUGGUUCGAUGUGAGAGUGACACCAUCAGGACGAAGGUGUUCAAGGAGGAGGGAAACCCUGAGUUCAACCUCAGAACCAUCUUCUACCGACGAUACCCCGACACUCACAUCUCUGUGGAGCUGUGGAGCAGAGGUCUGCUGUGGGACUCCCUCCUCGGGGCAGCUCGACUCCAGGCGUCCGAGUCUGAGAGGAGUCGGAGACACGUGAUCAACCUGCGAGGCGGGACGUCGCGCUCUGGACCUGGAGGUCGGGUCCACGUUGAGAUGUCCUCCAGCCUCUGCCUCACAGACUUGUGA